AUGAGUAUCUCAGCUCUUGGAAGCAGCACUAAAGGGAAGCCCCUACCACCAGGUGAAGAAGAACGCAAUAAUGUCCUCAAACAGAUGAAGGUUCGAACCACACUGAAGGGGGACAAGAGCUGGAUCACCAAGCAGGAUGAAUCGGAGGGCCACACUCUAGAGCUGCCCUCUGGUCGGAGUCGUGCCACAUCCUUUUCAUCAGCUGGGGAAGUCACGAAGGCCAGGCCUCCAAGCAUGAGGGCUCCCACUGGCUAUAUCAUCCGGGGAGUGUUCACCAAGCCCAUAGACAGCUCGUGUCAGCCCCAGCAGCACUUCCCCAAGGCCAACGGAGCUCCAAAAAGUGCUACCGGUCUACUGAGAGCAGCUCCUACUGGGCCUCCCCGCCCCUCCUCCUCUGGCUAUAAGAUGACCACUGAGGAUUACAAGAAGCUGGCACCCUACAAUGUCAGGCGCAGCUCAGCAUCAGGGGCUGCUGAAGAGGAAGAGGUGCCCUUCUCGUCUGACGAGCAGAAACGGAGGUCAGAGGCUGCGAGCAGUGUGGUGAGGAAGACAGCUCCCCGGGAGCACUCCUAUGUUCUGUCAGCAGCCAAGAAGAGCACCAGCCCUACCCAGGAAAUGCAGGCCCCAUUCAUUGCGAAGAGGGUUGAGGUGGUGAAUGAGGACAGGCCUUCUGAGAAGAGCCAAGACCCACCUGCUCUAGCAAGAUCCCCUCCUGGCUCAAACAGUUCUUCCCCAGGCUCCAAAGACAAAGAGGCCUCCAGCCCUAGAGAGGCCAAGAGAGACUUGUUUGGUGAGGAAGCCUGCAAGAGCCCCAGUCCAGACCCUGAAAGGUCAAGCGCACAGUCAAGUGAUGGCAAUGUGGGAUCCAGAGCCAUGAGCUUCCUACCUGAAGGCUUGACUGGAGCAGACAUUGGCUCUGGGAGAGGAGGCUCCAGUGCCACUCUGGCCUCUGCUGGACCAGCUGACUGGAAGAGUGACAGUCCAGUAGACCUGGAGGACAGGGAGGCACACCUGAAGGGCGCCUUGGCUGGUUCUGAAGAGAAGAAUGUGGCUUCCAAGGUGGGAGAGACCUGGCAGGAGAAGCCCACAGCCCUGAGAGGUGGCCAGGGAGACCCAGCUGCACCCUCCCAGCAGCCUGCAGCCCCCAGGACCCCAGAGCCACAGAGCAGCCCCAGAAGACCUGAGCAGCUUGUAGAACUGGACAGCCAGGCCAGCAGCAACUUGGCUGGUUCUGAAGAGAAGAAUGUGGCUUCCAAGGUGGGAGAGACCUGGCAGGAGAAGCCCACAGCCCUGAGAGGUGGCCAGGGAGACCCAGCUGCACCCUCCCAGCAGCCUGCAGCCCCCAGGACCCCAGAGCCACAGAGCAGCCCCAGAAGACCUGAGCAGCUUGUAGAACUGGACAGCCAGGCCAGCAGAGUGAGAAACCCCUCGAGUUGUAUGGUCACUGUUACCGUCGCUGCCUCUGCUGAGCAGCCUCAUGUUUACAUCCCAGCCUCCCCAAGUGAGUUGGACUCCAGUUCAGCCAGCAAAGGGAUUCUCUUUGUGAAGGAAUACAUGAAUGCUAGUGAGCUAUCCUCCGGGAAGCCAGUGUCUUCAUGCUACAGCAGUAUUAGAAGCACUGAGGACUCAUGUGACAUGGAGAAGAAACCUGCAUGUGACAGCUCUCUGUACUCUAAGAGAACAAGUGGAAGGAUCUGUACUUACUGCAACCAGGAGAUCAGAGACUGUCCAAAGAUUACCCUAGAGCAUCUUGGCAUCUGCUGCCAUGACUAUUGCUUUAAGUGUGGGAUUUGCAGUAAACCAAUGGGUGAGCUCCUGGAUCAGAUCUUCAUUCACCGUGACACCAUCCAUUGUGGGAAAUGCUAUGAGAAGCUCUUCUAG